AUGGUAGGUGUAGAUGAGAGGACGAGGUUGUUGCUGGCCCAAGGGGCCGCGAAUGACGACACCGAAGCGGUUCUGCCAAGACCGACAUCCCCUGACUCAGAGUCUUCUUCGACCACCGAUGCAUUACGGCAAAACCACUUCGCCUCUCUCCGUCGCCAUUCCUCCGCAGGCCUACAAGCAGAGGAUCAUCAGCAUGGAUCCGCGACGAGGCACUGGAAAGACCAGGACGAGGAGUCCUCUGAAGACUCGGGGUCGUCAAAACCGUCCACAUUCUCGAUUUGGGCGACAGUGCCUAUCCUUUUGCUGGGCGUCUUCGUCGCCAACGCCGAUGGAUCGCUUGUGAUCGCUUCGUCGCAGCACAUCGCUUCAGAGUUCGAACAGCUUUCCCAGGCUUCCUGGCUGGUUACGAGCUAUGUCUUGGCACAAUGCGCCGCUCAGCCACUGUACGGCAAGUUGAGUGAUAUCUAUGGCAGGAAAGCUAAUCUGGUCACCGCUUAUGUCUUCUUCGCCCUUGGGCUUUUCCUCUGUGGUAUUGGAAGUGCAUACUGGCAUGUUAUUGCAGGUCGUGUCGUUUCUGGCGUAGGCGGCGCUGGGAUGACGGCCCUGGUGUCAAUAAUCAUCGCAGAUCUGGUGCCUGUUCGAAAUGUCGCGGCCUGGAGAUCUUUCGUCAAUGUCGCCGCCACAGUCGGCAGAGCUCUUGGUGGACCUGUGGGAGGCUGGUUAACAGACACUAUCGGCUGGAGGUGGUCGUUCUUCGGACAGUGUCCAUUGACCCUCGUCGGUUUACUCCUGAUAUUAUGGAAGCUACCAAAAACUGGCAUCUCCCAAGAAGAACCGGGCGAGCAGGCUGACUUUUACCACAAGCUGCGACGUGUCGACUUUGCAGGCGCAAUUUCUCUAGCAGCCACCAUAAGCUCAUUCCUUCUGACGCUGGACUUCGUUGCAAAUGAGCUCGAGUGGUACUUCAUCCUCGCACCGGGCCUUUCUUUCUUCGUCUUCGCCGUCGCAUUCUACGCCAUCGAAAGCCGAUGGGCGAAAGAGCCUGUUCUGCCCCUCGGAUUGAUCACGAGACGCGACGCCAUCACACCGUAUCUGAUCGGAGGCUUCCAAAUCGCCGCGCAAUUUGGGGCCUUCUAUGCUACGCCGAUAUAUUUUCAGAUUGCUGCCGCCAGCACAGUCUCCCAAGCCGGGCUUCGUCUCGUUCCAGCUGUCGUCGGCAACGCCACUGGAGGCAUACUCUCUGGCUGGCUCAUUUCUAAGACAGGUCGUUACAAGCUUCUGACUCUGCUCGCCAGCAUCGCCGCGUCUAUUGGAUACCUGCUGAUGCUGAUACGCUGGCGAGGUGUCACAAAUUGGGGCGAGAGCAUGUAUAUUUUCCUGGGAGGCUUUGGCAGCGGCAUCAUCCAGUCGACGACCUUUAUCCACCUUGCGGCCAGCCUACCGCAGAGUGACAUCGCCAUUGCAGGCACCACGCUGUACCUGGCCCAAAAUCUGUUUCUGCUGGUCGGUAUACAGAGUGCCACGACAAUACUCCAUGCUAGAGUGCGAAAUUUGCUCGAGAGCUCGCUGCAGGAUGGGCCGAAGAAAGAAUAUAUCAUCGAUCACUCAAUAUCUAGUAUCAGCUAUAUCCUUAGGCUUCCUGAACGUGUCAAGUCGAUAGUGGUCGGAGCAUACAUCAGUGGACUCAAUGCGACCUAUGGGUUAUCACUAGCUUGCGCAAUCGCAGGUCUAGUCAUAGGACUGACACUGAUUGAACGCCGCCUCUGA